CCACCUGUGUUUGAUUCCGCUUUGACUGGAGGGCCACACUGUCAUCGGUGUGGCCAAAACAUGUACUAUAAAUACAGAUAAAUUGAGAUGACUUGCUACACUAAUCCCUCGCCCCUGCCAUGCCUCCAAAAGCACCAACCUUCCGAGUUCGUUUCACAACUGCCAGCAGUGGCCCAAGCCAUGACUCCGAACACGAACCCUGCGAGGCACCUAGUGGCGGCAAGAGAUCUAUGAGUGCCCGAAGCACGGCGGCUUUGGUACCUGUCGAGAAGUUGGUCUUGUCAACUGAGCAACGCGCUGCAGUAAAGGACCUCUACGACAACAAUUUGACGGGAAAUAUGAACACGUUGUCGGAUCAACUGUUUGCUACGGAUGCCGAGAGUCAACAGCAAGCUCAAUCCCUUCUCAGAAAAUUGAAGCUCAAUUCCGACGCACUCGAGAGCAUCGGCACUUGUUGGGCACAGCAGUGGAGCCGGAAAACGUCGAAAUCGCGAAGAGUCCUGUUCCAAUGUCGCUGCGGGUACGACCAUCAAGAGACAAAUAGCAAGAAGCGGAAGGUUCCAUUCCCGUUCACAAGCUGCCUUGCACACUCUGAGGUGACCUACGUUCAUCCAACCUCGGAGGUUUUACGGAUACGAGGGUACCUCGAGCACAAUGAUGCUUGCGAACAGGCUGGCAUAACUCAGCGUCCCGCUAUUCCGGUGCAUCCCGAUGUCUACAAGACCGCGUUGGAGCAGCUGCAGGAGGGGGCAACAUGGGCGGCUGUCAGACGGAAGAAUCAGGAGCUUGUUAUGGCACACGCUUACCCGAACUUCCCCACUGAAAGCCUGCACAACUGCCCGUAUCGCUGGGUUCUCGUUCGUGGUGACAAUCGUGCACUUUAUCGCCAGUUCAAUCGGUCACGAGGAAUCAACACAAAAACACCUGCGCAAAUCAAUAUUGACGAAUGGCUGGACGAAAGCUCGCCAUCAUUCAAUCGCACACUCAAAGAUGCUAUCUUUCAUUACAAGGCACGUGAAGACAAGGGUGAAAGGCUGGAGGUAUGCAUCGCAACGACUGAGAUGUACGAGGCAGCAUGGACCUAUGCGCACCAGGAUCAAUUCUUGCUCGAUGGCACCUUUGGGAUCUGCAACAGCCGGAUCUUACUCUUCAUCACUAUGGCUAUCGACAAGGAUCGCAAAGGCAUACCUCUGGCUUUUCUGAUGUUCUCCGCCCCAAGCGGCAACCAGCAUACCGCUGCCGGUUACAAUACCGACAUCCUCGCGAAGUUGCUGGCAGAGUGGCGUGUGGCAGUGAACAGUCAUGGGUCCAGGUUUGGACACUCUGGGGAGCAAUUUCAGCCGUUGGUGGCCAUUACAGAUACGGACAUGAAGGAACGUGGGGCCUUACUUCAAGUUUGGCCCCAGCUAUGGCUGCUUCUCUGCAAAUUCCACGUCCGGCAAUCAUGGAAGAACCAUCGUGAUCGCGAAGUUGGUAAUGCAACUGCAGUACAACACGACGUUCAAGACCGCCUGCGACAUCUCGAGGAAAACUUGCUGCAUACCCGGACGAUCGAGCUAGCCCGAGAGUUGCUUGAAGAAGAACGUCUUGUGCUUGAACAGCUCGAUGACAUUGCUGCAGAGAAGGGAAUUGUCCACGUGGACUACCUCCUUGGGUACUGGACGACUGACAACCUGUGGAAGAGUUGGUCAGAUUAUGGCCGAUCUGUGGCUGCAUGCCUAUUGCGUACCGAAGUCGAGGGCGUCCUCACGACAACAAACCAUCUUGAGGUCUUCAACCGGGUUCUCAAGCGUGGUCACAUCCGUCAACAUGAACAGAAUGGCCGCCGCCUCCGGCCUGAUGUCAUGAUCAAGCUCAUGAUCGAGGUGAUCAUCCCGGCUAUUUUUCGCCAGCGUCGCAUGGAAGUGGAGCAGAACGUACGUUUACGGGAGAUGAUCGCACAGCUUCCAGGAGGUACUGUAGCACUUGGUCAACAGUCACCGAGUCAGCAAGGCAUGGCACCGAAAAUCGGGAUCGCAUACCUUGUUCUGGACGAGGACCGGGAUACUCGAGCGGAGAGGUUGAUCACGGAAGGCCAGCUCAGUCAAGCUGUUCUGAGUGAAGAUGAUGCACGCACCCUUCACUUCGAGUGCUGGUCACAACGUGCAUUAGCCGUGGAGAAGACGUCAAACAAGUAUAACAUCAAGGUUACCUUUGACGGUACCGCAACUUGCACAUGCCACGACUUCUUGAACCGCGGCGGCGCAUGCAAGCAUAUCCGAGCUGUCAUGAUCCGGUUAAAGCAAUACCGUUUGUUGGGGAUUGCAUCAAAUCUUCCUGAAAUCACCCUUCCUACGUCUCUGGCUGAGGCGUACGCUCUGCAACUACGUCACACUGAAUCUCGUGAAAUCCAAUGUGGCGGAGAUGCAGUGGGUAUGCCUGCACGAUCUCCAACGGCGCAGGCGGCAUCCGCAAUCAUUGAUAUGCUGGAUUCUGACGAGACAUGCUUAGAAUCAGAAGACGAGAGCACGAAGGACCACUUACCUAACUCAGAUGGUGCGCCAAUCAUGAAGACAGUCACUGCAAUUCGGGCGGACUCGGCGGACACGGAUAUUGGACAGCUGCCCCGUGACGACUUCAACUUCGUAUGUUUUGUUUUGCGAUCUUUCGCAAAAGCCGCCCUCGACGAACAAGCUGUUUCGCGCACCUUAUUUGAAUUGUCUAGAAUGGCACCCAAACUUGAUCAAUUACGCGAGUUGCUAGACGGCAAGACGAUCAGACAGACGGACAAAGCAAAGGCCAAUAUUUUUCUCGCGUCGUUGCAGCAAUUCACAGCCACUUUGGAGCAACUUCCGAUCUCAGACAGGGAGACCUCAGACGGCCAAAAUGACCAGGUUCCCACGCAGCAGCUUGCUGCGACAAGCGCGAGCGCAAAGCACGUUCCAGACACACACCAAGAAUCACUCACCGAGCACCCAAAGAUCCCUUCCGAAGGCCGCCCAACAAAAAAGCGGCCGCUGCCUCCGUCGCCCGAGAGGUCGCAGAAGAGGCGGGAUUCAUAUGGGGUCUUCUAGGGACUCGAACGAGCGCAUCUUUGAUGGUCCGGGUUAUGUAGCCUCACUUAUGUCUUGUAACACUGUUGUCUACGAAUUCCAUGGUCUGGUGGUCGUUGAGGCGGUAGGACCAUGAAGUUGAGCGGCGCUGCCAUGGUCUGAGUCGCC